AAAUCUCCAAGAAUAGCAAAGGGUUUUACUCAUGAAGAGUUUCAAGAGUUACAGCCUCAAGCAAGUCAUCUUAAACUAUCCAAGCAGAUUUAUCUAAUAAUAUAAAAUAUUCAUAGUUAACAUUUGAAAAUAAGGUUUAAGUAGUAUUGGCAUUUUUAGAUAUCCUCUAUAUAGAUGAUAUUAGUGUUUCAAGAGUAAAAUAUGCAGAUGCUUAGUUAUGUUUCUCUAUAGUUGAACGGACCAGAUGUUUACAAUUAGGAAUAAAGUGUUCUAAAGUCCAUUAAAUACAAGAAAGAAGAGCAAUUGGCUCACCUUGAUGAGUCAACAAUUAAAAAUUUAGUGCAGUGA